AUGGGUGCACUAAUUUACCCUACCCUGUGCCUUGACUUACAGGAAGGCGAAGAACUGGAGGAUGAGGAAGAGGAGGAAGGCGAAGAACUGGAGGAUGAGGAAGAAGAGGAGGGGGAGGAGGAAGAGGCCAAAGGAGAUGAAGAGCAGGAAGGCGAAGAACUGGAGGAUGAGGAAGAGGAGGAAGGCGAAGAACUGGAGGAUGAGGAAGAGGAGGAGGAUGAUGAAGUUUCUCCUGAACCCAUUUCCACUUCUGAGGAUGAAGAGUCGGCUGUAUCUCCUGAUUCUGAGUCCGAUGUCCCUGUUGGGGUGACAGACAGUGACGAAGAGGUAACUUUACCCGAUGAAGAUGAUGAAAAAGACAAAGAAGAACAGGAUGAAGAUGAAACCAGUGACGAUCAACUUCUUUCCAGUGAAGAGGAAGAGGGAGAGGACGAGCUGGAGGAUGAUGAAGAAGAUGAUGAAGAUGAUAGACUAGCUGAGGGUGUUACUGAUAGUGAUGAUGUCAUUGCAGAAGACACUAGCGAUGACCUGGAUCUUCCUCCUAUUGUAGCUGGUAGUGAGGAUGAGGAAGAUAUUGAUCACAAACUGGCAGAGGAAGAAGAUGAAGAUGAAGAAGAUCUUUCUCCACUUCCUGCUGAAGAUGAAGACUUGGAAGAAGACAUAAAAACUGUAGAAGACACAGACGAGGAGGAAGAUGAUGAGGAGCUGGACCAAUCAGACGAGGACAUCUCUGUUGCAUCCUCCGAACACUUUGCAGAUGAUGAAGAUGAUGAAGAUGAUGAAGAAGACCUUAAAGAUGAUGACCUUGACCUGGACUUUGACAAAGAUAUCCUUGAAGACCUUAAACACAAAGAUGCUCAAGACAAACCUGAUGUCACUGAAGAGGGCAUCCUUGAUGAUGACAAAGAGGAAGAGGAGGAGGAAGCUGGCAUUCCUCCCUUUACGAGCACAGACAGCGGCGUCUUAGGUGAUGAAGAUGAUGAGGAUGACAUUUCCUUUGAAACGGAUGAGGACUCCACUGGAGAAACAAUUCUGAGUGACUCUUAUGACACAACUGAUGAUAAGGAUGUUGAUACAAGCUCUUUAGAUGAGGAGGAUGAAGAAGAUGAGGAUGAAGAUGAAGAAGAUGAUGGUGUUAGUGAAAUCUUGAUGGCAGCUGCUGCUGCAGGAACAUUAACUGUCCAGGAGGAGGCAGCAAAGACUGAUGAAGACCAUGAAGAAGGGGAUGAGCUCGAAGAGGCUGAAGAUGAAGGAAAGACUGAAGACGCAGAAACAAAAGAAACAGAGUAG